AGUUGGCAAUACUGUUAGUCAUAAACGGCGUCGUGUUUUGUGUUGUGAGAUUAAUAGAACUUAAAUAUUUAAAUCAAAAGGCAAAUGGGAGCAGUGGUUCACGAAAACGGAACACAUGAGACAGAUAAAAAGAAAAUUCCAUUUAGAAAAGUAAGGAAACAGUUCCCAAAUCAUCCGUUUAACGGCAAUCGAGCGCCAUCGCUACUAACAAUGAGACAUCGUAUGCCUCCUCCACGUCUUUUGCCGCCACGAAUGGGUCCACCGGGAAUGCGACCGCCUCCGCCACCGUUUCGAGGUGGACCACCCAUGCGGCCUCCGCUACCACCGCCACACAUGAUUCGCGGUCCCAGAAUACACGGACCUCCGCCACCGAUGGGUAUGAGACCUCCUUUACCGCCGCCGCCCGGCAUGCGUCCCCCUCCUAUCAGACCACCUCCACACAUGCGUCCGCCAAUGUUACCGCCGCCGAUGAUGGGACCGCAGCGACACUUCCGACCGCCCCCGAUGCGCCGAAUACAGCAAGGCAAAAUCAUGAAGAAGAAACGGGUCUUUAACGAGAUAGAUCUUACAAAGCCCUGGGUUAACGAGCAGAUGAGAGCCGAGUUCGUCAAGAAGGAGGAACUGCUAAAGGCGGCGAAAGAGACGCGACAGUCGAACGACUGGGCGAUAUAUCGAGGGCAACGCGAUCGAUGCAACGACAUGUACGGCGCCGCCAAGAUGGAGUACAUCGGACACCAUCCCGAGGAGGGUCACCAAUUGACCGACGACGACGAGGACGUUUUAAGUAGCGACGAAGACGAUGAAACGAGAGUGUGCGGUAUAGAGGACUGUACGUACACUGCGCAUACGCGAGAUGUCGAUACUCACAUCAAAAUGCAACACUGUACAGGCCUCUACGAUCGCAUUAAAAAUGUUAGCACACCCGAAGAUAUAAACAAAUGGAUCACCGAGCGUAAAAAUCGAUUUCCCACAAAGGAAAACAUCGAGAAACGCUACAAGAUGCAGGAGGAAAGGCUCAAACGGGGCGAGCGUAUUAAACAUAAUCGGCACAGGUUCGAUCAAACGAACAAGACAAGACUAAUCGUGCAAAAACCUGCUCCAAAAGUAAGAAAAGUGAGGAAGCGUCAGACGAAUCUACCGGUCACAAACCCAUCUCUCAUUCAGGACAAAUCUGGUUGGAAUGGUAAUCUGUGUCCGUUUCCGGGCACCCGCAGUUUGUACCAAGAGGCAUCCGAGGAGGAAGGUGAAGAAUUUGACGAUGCGGAAUGGGGAGAAGAGGCACCCUCAGAAAAUGUUAUUCCAUUAAACAACGCCCUGGGAAAUUUAAUAACCGCUUAUAAUUCAGAAUCUGACGAUGAAGCUCCUCUAGAGCAAACAAUUGAGAGGACGUGUGUCGAAUCGGUUUGCUUUUCCGAGUCGAAAAUCGUUGUCAGAAAUGAGCGCAAACGUAAACGCCAUCCGAAAAGGAAGGUGACUAAGAGUAAAAGUCAGAGUGAACGCCCUGUAUAUAAAAAACGAAGGGUUACUUUAUUGGAACGAUUGUUGGCAAAUGAAAUCAUUCAUGAAAGGAAUGUUCUUUUGCAGUGUGUUAGGUACAUUGUUACUAAUAACUUUUUUGAUCCUCCACCGAGUGGCACUGGUGUCGACAGUUGCCAUUCAAGUUGAGUUGGUGUGUACCGAAACUACUUCACUGUACUUUGUUUAUUUUAAUAAAAUGUCAUAAAUUGGAAAA